AUGGACGAGCGGAAACGACAGAAGUCAUCGUCACUAAAGAGGAGGUCGACCCUAAAAAAGCACCAGAUUCUUGAUAAAUACAAGGAAACCGAGGUGGAUACCGAUUUGGAGACGUCUUUUUACCAGGACACAAACUCGAGCUUCGAUUUCUUUGACACAAAGAUCCAUGAUUGGAAAGUGAAAACACGGAUAUCGAGUGCUAGCAGUAUUAAUACUCGGGCCUUUUUAGAUAAUGGCACCAUCUCCACCAAUAACAAUAACGGUAACUUCGCCACGAUCGACAAUACUGACAACAUCGACAAUGAAAGAUCGAUGCUGUACCACCACAACCACAAUAAACCUUCUUCAUCGUUUUUAUCUCCUGGAUUAAGAUCCAAUACCUCUCAAAUAUCGUACAGUAAUAGCAAAGCAUCGGAAUUUUCCCCAUUGAAUAAAGAAAACGUCCUCCUAACUUCACCAACGUUCACAAAGAGGCUCAGUUCGGCAGAAUUAAUAGAGAAUGUAUUAUACAAAUACGAGAUCAAAGAACAAAUAGGCAAAGGAGCUUUUGCCAGCGUUUUCAAAGCGACCAACAAGAUGACGAAAAAAAACAUUGCCAUCAAGCAGAUUGACCUAAACACCGAGGACGACACCAUGGAGCUCAUGUCGGAGAUAAACUUAUUGAAAAGUCUCAAACAUGUGAAUAUUGUGAAAUACCACGGGUUCAUCCAGCGACACAACACAUUAAACAUCUUUCUCGAGUACUGUGACGGCGGGUCAUUGAGGGAAUUGUACCGGAAAAUCAAGAAAUUCAACAAGGAAAACGGUAGAAUCACUCCCUCGUUGCUUACCGAGCCUGAAGUAAAGUUCUACAUCCGGCAAGUACUAAAAGGGCUUGAUUAUUUGCACCAUGAAGGAGUGGUGCAUCGGGAUAUCAAGGCAGCCAAUAUCUUAUUGACGUCUGAGCGGAUUGUCAAGUUGGCAGAUUUCGGAGUGUCUACCAAAGUCAAUGUCAAUACCGUCAAUGUCAGGAACUGCCAGGCCGCAGGAACUCCUAAUUGGAUGGCCCCUGAAGUGAUUUCUUUGGAGAAAGUAUCGACGGCCUCGGAUAUUUGGUCGUUGGGGGCCACGAUCAUCGAGCUUUAUACUGGAUAUCCACCGUAUCAUAACUUGAAUUCCAUGUCGGCGUUGCACGCCAUCGUUAGUGAUGAUUGUCCUACGCUACCCAAAGGGUUAUCGGAAAAUGGUAAGAAAUUCCUUACAAAAUGCUUUCAAAAAGAUCCUGAACUUCGGAGCACCGCAAAGGAUCUAUUAGCCCAUCCUUGGCUUGUGGAUGAAGAAGGUGAAAAUGGUGAAACGACCCCCCCUAGAAGCUCGUCCCAUAGCAGCACGUCUCAUAGCAGCAGCAACAAUCAUGUGUAUUAUAAGAAUAGAGAGUUCUCGAACCCUUCAAGAAAAGUUUCCAACGCUUCUUCCAACGAUAGUGUUAAAUACCACAGCAAGAAACACAAGAGUUUGUCAUCAAUUAGCAUUGGUGAUUUGCCUACAGACAAUGAUUCCUCAACGAAGCACAGAAUUAGAAAUAUUAGUCAAGCGUCUUCUCUAUCAAAGUAUAUUGAGAAAGAUUACGAAUUGGAUAAUUGGGAUAAAGAUUUUGCUGAUUUGAAUAAUCUUUCCAACUUGAAUAUCGACGAAGGUAACAGUUAUAUUACAAAGAAAUUCCAAACUAAUGAGCUACCGAAAUUAAAAAUAAAGAAAUCCCUGACAAGAUUUUCUGAAAGGUGA